UCUGAUAUGUAUGCAACUUCAGAGCAGCUACACUCAGUUCGAGUUGUCAGCUUCUUAACCCUAUUUGUAGAGUAACUUUUUAGAUUAGUAAAAAGCUAGUUUUUCUACUAACUAUUCUAUUCUAAAAAUCAUGAGUGAUAACAGUAGUGAUGAAACUGAUGCGCCACAUGUUCUAUUCAAAGACCGGCCCGAAUGGAAGGAUAUCACCCCCUUGAAACAAGAUGAUGGUGAACACCCAAUGAUAGCUAUUGAUUAUACCCCUGAAUUUGAGGACUGUUUCGACUAUUUUAGAGCAAUUCUUCAAAAGAAAGAGUACUCUGAUAGGGCUCUAUUGCUUACUAAAACUGCUGCCGCUUUCAAUCCUGCGAACUACACUGUUUGGCAGUACAGACGAGAAAUUCUGAAAACUCUUAAAAAAGACCUACAUGAGGAGAUUGAUUAUAUGGAAAAAGUCAUUUUAGGAGAAACGAAAAACUAUCAAGUGUGGCACCAUCGAAGGAUUUUGGUGGAAUGGUUGCAAGAUCCCUCAAAGGAAAAAUACCUCACUGAAAAAGCUUUGGCCAAAGAUGCCAAGAAUUAUCAUGCUUGGCAGCACAGACAGUGGACUAUUAAAACAUUUAACUUGUAUGAUGGAGAACUGUUGUAUGUGGAUAAUCUUCUACAGGAAGAUAUAAAAAAUAACUCUGCUUGGAAUCAGAGAUACUUUGUUAUAAACAAUACCACUGGUUUUACAGAAGAAGCCUUAAAGAGGGAAAUUGAAUAUACUCUGGGUAAAAUUAAAAUUUUGCCAGAUAAUGAGAGUGCAUGGAAUUACCUAAGAGGUUUAUUGCUCCACGAUAAAGGAGGUUUAAGUCGUAAUAGUACAGUUACGAAAUUUUGUGAAAAUUUCUAUAAAGAAGGACACAGAUCUCCCUUUCUGUUAGCUCUUAUCGUGGAUAUGUGCUCUGAGAGAGCAGCUGAAAGUGGUGGAGGCGAUGAUGAUAAUGUCUACACAGUGGCAAGAGCAAAGCAGUUGUGUAGUGAUUUGGCUACUCUAUAUGAUACCAUCAGAGCAAAAUAUUGGGAAUAUAUUUCCGAUACAAUAGAAAAGAAGUCCAAAGGUGAACCGUGCGAUGAAGCAUGUUCCAGUUUCAAUUAACGUUCAAUUAAUUUAUUACCUUUACUUUUAUGUUGGUGAUAUUAUUUUUAAUUACGAAGGCAUUUAUAAGAAACGUGUUCAUUGUUGUAGUCGAUGUGUGUUUCAAGUGCGAGAAGAUUUUUCCAUUUGCCUGCCACUUUUUGUAGCAUUCAGCUUAAGUAGCUCUGGAAUUUUGGGGUUUGUCGUUCGAAAACUAAAAUGUCUGUUUGUAAAAUUAUAUAAUUUAUUAUAAGUACUAUUAACAUCAUUAUGUGAUAUAUACAUAAAAUCUA